CGACGAACUUCGCAGCAACAACCAUUACCCGCGGAUUUCAAUGGCUGCGAGUGAGCCGUCAAGAUACCUGGCAAGGUCAUUGCCGCGGGCUAUUGUCCCUUCUGCCCGCGCGCAGGGCGUCUGCUGGCGGCGUCAUGCCUCUGACCAGGCGUCCCCCAAGUCGUCCUCCGCUCUCAGUGAUCUGGAGUCGGACGGUCUUCUGAAAGGCACAGUUGCUCCAGAAGACGUUGCGAAGUCAUUCGAUCCCGUUGCACGAGCCAGGUCACGAAGGACCCAGCUUCCACGGAGUCGGUAUCAAUUCCGAUCGCCGAAGUACGAUCGCGGUCCAUUGCACCCUCACAGACCUCCUCCCCCCUCCGAUCCCUCUUCUCGACUCUUCGUGCCGGGCCCCUUCUCUCUCACGAGAGUCGAACAGACCCACGAAUCAACCAUCGCCUCCGACAUCAUGACCCUUUGCUAUGUUCACAACCCACCAGGAUUCAAGCCCCCACCCAAGGCACCUCGUCUUCGUUCAUGGGAUGACAGCUCACCCUACCACAAGAAUCGAACCCUCCGCGGGCCUCGUGGCGGCGAUGUACUCCGACUCCUUCGGAAACCAAUCACCUUCAACAACGUCCCCAAGCUCGAGCGUAUCACAAUCCACACUUACGUCAAGGAGGCCGCAAAGGAGCACUCUGGAUGGCUUCACGUAGCUGGUAUGGCGCUACAAGCGAUCUCAAAUGUUAAGGUGCAGACAUACAAGUCUAGGACCAGUCUUGCCAAGUGGUACAUUUCUCCCGGUAGAGAUUCCGUGGCCGCUAAGGCGGAACUGCACGGAGAGAACAUGGAGCACUUCUUCGGAAAGCUGGUUGACAUCCUAAUGCCCCGUCUCAAAGACUGGCCCGGUGUGAAGGGCACCAGCGGUGAUAGCAGUGGAAACAUCACCUUCGGUCUGGAACCGGAGCAGGUCGCUCUAUUCCCGGAGAUCGAGGUCAACUACGACAUGUACCCACCCAAGAUGAUUCCUGGUUGCCACAUUACUUUCCACACAUCCGCCAAUACGGACAAGGAUGCUCGCCUGCUCCUCAGUGCCAUGGGUGUCCCAUUUUACGGAAAGCUAGUCGACUAAAUUGGCUCUUAUUACUACGCCCUGUCGUACAUCUUAUUUACCAGCCAUUUUUCCCGGUCUCCUUAUUUUAUAAACGGGCAUGUAAACGCAUAUGGUGUGAUAACGCCUUUUGAGGACAUGUAUAUUAUUAUUUGUUUUAGUACUCCCACUGCACAGGCAUUUCUUUCUGUCUCGUAUGUACAUUCCUAGAUCUUGUUGUUUUUGCGUGAACAAACCAUCAUACACCUAAAAUGCAAGCCGAAAAUCCGUAAACUCCGUAAAU